CAAAGAACUGUUCAGACUAGAGAAACCCUGAGGUGCCAGACGUGUUUGGACCAACUCAUUCCUCUAGCUGUUUCUAUCCAGAACAGGGCUGAUCCACUGACCCACAAUGACCCAAGCCAAGCUGUUCCUUUGCUGUGUCUUCCUGUCCUCAGUGACUGGCUUUCCAAGAAGAACCCAGAAUGAGGCCCUGAAGAUCCAGCCAUCUUUCACAGAGACUGAGCACCCAACACAAGAGCUCUCCAGCCAGCUUCCUCUCCCAGAUCCCAGCACCUGCCAGGAUCUCUUGCACACAGUUCCCUCCUUAGCCCCUCUGCCUGAGUACCUGUCCAAUUUAGCUCUGAGGGUGGUCCUGGAGGACGCUGGCUGCCCAGCUGAGGCUCACUAUCUGCAGCUUCAGCUUACUAGGGUGGGAAGAAAGGACCUCACUGAAACCCUCAUCCAUGAGAGCCAAAAGCAUACUCAGGAAGAAAGAACUGGCAAUAAUGAGGCCAUUCUGAGGGAUUUGGGGGGAGUGUCAGGGGAGCUGAGAAGGGUCCAACGCUCAGUUACCCUGCCUGAGGUAUGUGCCUCUGGCCAUGGGUGGGUGAUGUAUGAGACAGCAGCACUGAUGAUUAAAUUUGCUGAGAAACUCCCUUCCACUGAGUUGGUAAGAGAGUUCAAGUCGGCUGCCAUCACUGUUACCGAGAAGUGCACGGAUGAGUCCUGGGAGCAUUUAGAGGAAAUAGGCAAAAGGCUGAUAAAAAGCCCAGACAUUAAGGAUGUCACACUUCCUAUAGAAGAUGAGAUAUACUUUUUUGUUCAAAUAACAAUCCUUCUGAAACGUGUUAUUYUAGACUUGCUCCAGAAAUUUUUUCAGGCUCACUUUGGGUAGGGAAGCCCUCCAAGUCAUCACAUUUAUUUUUUGUAAUGUCUCUCAUAGACCUGCAUAAAAGGAUUGUGCACAGUAGGUAGUUUGAAAUGUUGGGGAAAGCUUAGGAUAAGUGUACACUCUUCUUUUGAUCCAAGUGCUGAAACACUUAUGACCAUGAGCAGCUUUACUUCUCAGUAGGUACUAGCUCAUUUCUUCUUUCAAUUUCUCUCUCAGUUGUCAAAUGCUGUGACUAUUGUAAUUUCUUCCAUUGAUCUUCCUUGUUCUUUCUAAUUCCUAAACUGAAUGCUGUGUCUUGCUUAUGUUAAAUUUUUAAACUGAAAAGAGAAAUAAAA